AUGUCGUCUCGAACCAGACAUUCGACAGCUCGGCCGACUCCCAGUCGUCAGUCGGUCGCAUCCACCCCAAGCCGCAAUGCCAGCGCAGACACGCUCCCGCCAUACAAGAAGCCGUCGCACCCCCUCGAUGCUGAGGCGACCCGAGCCUUGCGUGAACUGCAAGGACGCAGUCUCAAUGAGGUCAAAACACAAAGCAAGCAAGCUGCCGCCGCGAUUGCUGCCUCUGCUGAGAAUAUCAAUGACAUGCUGCGUGAUCAUGCCGAAUACAUGGCACGACGGAAGAAGAAGUGGGACGCGGGCAAGAACCUGGAGGACAAGGACAAGGAGGAGCGCGAGAUGGAGGAAUUGCGGCUGAGGGUUGACGAGGCCACUGCAAAGUUGGAAGAAAGCAUGCGUGCUGUUAUCGACUCAGGUGUUGCGGCGCAGAGGAUCGACGACAUGCUUGAAUGGCUGAGAAUCAACGCACCCACGACGCUCGAAGACGAAUACCGCACCCAGAUGACGCAGCGGCAGUCCCAAACGCAGGCAGACAGCCAGCGGCGGCGGCGCACCCAACAUGAGGAUAGCGACGGAGACAUUGACAUGGACGAGGGUCCUACGCCCGGCCCAACGCCUCUGGAUGGGUCGCGCAUAGCCCUUACCGGCACGAGUGAGUUGUUUGCCUCGCGCAUCCAACGGGAUAAAGAUGCCUACACGUCGCUCUCUCUUACUGCGCGCUACGCCCGCAACAAUGACUACCGCGACUUCAAGCGAUUAGUGCACGAUGCCAAAUACGGUGACCAUGGCCCUGUCUUGGGCCAUGAAGACACUUGGUUCACCGAGGCUGGAUCGCCGGCGCCAGGCAUAACCAACAGAACAGAGGGCGGCGAGUUUGACGACGACGAUGAUAUUGUCGUGGACCGAGCGACCAUCAGCACGCGAUGUCCGAUUACAUACCAGCAGUUCAAAGAGCCCUACUCGAGCAACAAGUGCCCCCAUACGUUUGAGAAGAACGCGAUUCUUGAGAUGAUUCGGCACGGCCCCCACCGAGUCGGUCAACACCGAGCUGUAGAUUGUCCGGUUAGCGGGUGUAUGCAGAUGCUCACCGAAAAGGAUGUGUACACUAACAAGGUGCUCAUUCGCAAGAUCAGGCGCAUGCAAGAAGCCGAACUUGCGGAAGCCGAAGAAAGUUCGGACGACGAGAAGCAAGCACCUCGUUCGGAUACUCAGCCGCAGCCAGCCUCAGCACAUAAGGUUGAGGACUUGGAGGAUACAGGCGUUAGCGAUGGAGAAAUGUCAGCCUGA